AUGGCGAGAAUCUACAAAGACUCAAGGGUCGAUCUUCGGCCAUACUCGCCGACCACGGUCGCCAAUAUCCAGUUCCCAGCCAACGACGGCGGCCUGAUCAGUCGCCCACGCUUUUCAAUCUCCUUCACCCCCGAGCAACCCCCGAUCGCCAAGGACGAAGAUGAAUUCGCCAGACGUUACCUCGCGACACAGGGAGAGGUCUACUUCCGCAAACGCAGAGUCUACCCGCGGACGUUCUUGUGGAGGGUCAUCAACGACAACAAGGUGUUGGAGAUCCAUUGCGCGGACUUGACGAAGGGCGGGACGGAGGUCUAUGAGUACAAUGUGACUCUGCGACUCGAUUUCCAGGAGCAGAUUCUUCCCCAUGGAGUUGCAUUGGCGGAUCCCGAGGAUCACGAAAUCCUCAAUGUCUUUGUGAUUACCGCCUCCAAGACCCUGCACACCCUGUCUCUACGCCCCGAGUUCUUCCGUCGGACCUCUUCGAUCGAUGAGAAUGUGAGGGAUUGGUGCAAGACCUUUUCUCCUGCCCCGUUGGCCUUUUCGCAUCCCCACCGGCUGCACGCGAGCAGCCCCCUGGAGCUGUUCAUCUCUCUGGACAAUGGCGCGCUCUUGCGGCUGACGCGGAGAGCUGGCGAUGAUGGUUCGCACUGGUCUCCUCUUACCUUCGACGAACGGACAUGGGGUUCUUCGAUUCGUGGCCUUGUGAAAUGGAACGCAACUUCCUCGGUCAGACACGAUGGACGAAACCUCGAUUUGAAUGUCGCAAACGCCAUUGCCACUACCUCGGACGAGACUUACGUUUUCGCGAUUUGUCUGAACCACACUUUGAAAAUCUGGAAUCUCGCGACGAACAAGCAAGCGGCAACAAAGGAUCUCCUGGGACGCUCACUGCAAGACCCGGAUAUUGUGCCAUACACUUUGAACCCCGCCGAAACAUCAUUCAUGCGUGUCUUCAAUGCCGAGCGGGCAAUGGACGGAGGACAUCGCUUCUAUGUUGUCACAUAUUCGCCUUUCGAGGAUGGCAAGUUCAAGUUCUGGGCAGUCAAGGGUGGUCUCACCUCUGAUCUGAUAAUUGAGGAACUUUUCCCCGAGAGUGUUUUCCGGCCCGUGGAUCCCGAUGUCACGGGUAACAUGUUCUGGAGCAUCGCUGAUUUCCAGGUCAAGUCCCGGGAAGAAGGCAAGGGAAUGGAGUUAUGGGUUCUCUGGAGAAACCAUGGUCUAUACCAACUCUACACUUUGCAUUUCAACCUUCAAACCCUGGUUAAAGAUUGGUCCAGCAAUUGGGUUUCAACAACAUUCGAAACCCAUAGACAACAAGCACCACCAUCUCUGGUAAUUGACGAUGUGGUGGACCCCACCGAAAAAUGGCUUCAAUACCUCUUGCAGCCGCACAGAUAUCUUCCCGAGGUCCUUGAGACCGCUUUGACUGUUUAUCAAGAAGCUAUCAAGCCUCUUUCGUCAGCUUCAUCUGCACCGAAGAAGAACGUUCCAUUGGCCGAACGACUCUGCUCGACGAUAGCAACAGCAGUCUCGCUUCGCAAAUUUGCCGACGAUGAGAUGGACUUCACUCGAUUCUGCACGGACACUGACUCUAAGUGGCGCCAGUUCUGGCAAGUCGCGGAGGAUCUCAACAAGCGCCGAUUCGAACCUGUUUCUCUGACCUACGACUCAUACACCGAUAUGCCAUGGCUGCUUCUGUCAGACUCCUGCGCUGUCAUUCGGGAAUGCAGCAUCACUGAGUUGCUUCUGCACAAUUCUAAUACGGAACUGAGUGAUGGAGUGCCCAAUAUGACCGAUCGCUGGAGGCAUCGAAACGUGACUAGAGAGCUUGGCCCGUGCUAUGAUACAGCCUCCGCCUUGAUGAAGGUGGCGUCUGAUUUCCGGAAGAGAUUCUCCCCCGAGCUCGAGGGUGCGUGUCGGGCUGCUCUUCAUGCCGAAAUCUUUUCCGAGCCCUCAUCAUCGAUCACGGACCGCAUGGAGACUUUCCGCGAGCGAUGCGACUUUGUGAACGGAAUUUCCAACAAAGCCUUUGACACCCUAGAUGCUGCGCUGAGCGAACAUAUGAAGACAGAUUGUCUCCCCAUGGACGUAUUCAAUGCCAUAAUCCAUACCGCCGCGCUUCACUUUUGUGGAGAAGACUCGGAACUUGCUUCAACCUACUUUGGUGCCCGAGUUCUGGUCAGUGGUGCCCAGGAGACUAUCUCUAUCAUGCGCCAGAUGUUCUUCGAUUUGUUAAUUCUAGUCACCUUUGUGGAUGGCGAAUGGGAACAAAACUCCAAGUCGGACUUCAAUGCGGCAGACCUUUUUUCCACCAUGGUUGACCUCCUACGAGAGUAUGAGAUGAUGGACUGGCUCAGUUCGAAUGUCCGCAAAUGCCCCGAUAGUGCCCCAAAGGUACGGAAUGACUUGUCAACACCCAGCCGUUCUCUGAAGGACCGUAAUGCGACCAACAAGAACCAACGGACCGCAACUAUUCUCGAAGAUCUGUUUGUCACCGAUAUCAAGCCCCAGCAAGCCAUUGACUCCCCGCAAAGCUACACUUUGACCCUGGGGAUCAGAGAUGUUGUCGCGUGGAUCACCCGCGAGGGCGAAGUCAAUUACCAGAACGCCGUUGCCCACAUUCAAUGUGAUCUCAUCGCGAAAAACAACAUUGAUCUUGCAUGGGAUUUCUCUCGCUUCCAAGCAAGCACUUCGUGGUCGACUUAUGUCAAGGGUCGCUUACAUGUGGCCAUGUCCGAAUUCGAUACUGCGGCUAUCUACUUCCGGAAGGCAGCUUACUUGCUCUCUUCCGGAAAGCCAAUGGGCAACCUUUCCGACGUGUCAGCAGAGCUCCUGGACCUCCUUGAUGUCGAUUGCUUCCACAACGGCCUUGCGAAAUACUACCAGCACAUCCUUUCCAUAUUUGAAAAGGCGCGCUCGUAUUCGCAUGUCGCGGACUUUGCCAGCCUGGCGCUGCAGGCCCUCGACUCGGAAAUGGGAGCCGAACACGACUCCGAAUACCCGGCUAUGCGCGACGAUCUCCUGUCUCGACUGUUCACGGGAGCCCUCAAGACUUGCCAGUUUGACCAAGCAUACUCCGCCCUGGCCAAACUGCAGGAUAUCAAACUGCAAAAAACAGAGCUGACCGAGCUUGUUUCCACCAUCUUGGCUGUCUCCGGCCCUGGCACCGCAGGCCUCAAGCAGAUCCUCCGUUUCCCCACCUCUCUCGUGCCAAGCAUCGCCUCUUUCAUCGACGAGAUCCUCGUCCACCUCACCCGCAAACAGAGCACCUACGCCUCGUGGCUAGAUGCCGACAACAACACAGUCGAAACCUCCCCCGACUACAACCGCAUCCUGCAGGCCUACCGCAUUGCCCGCAAUGACUACCGCGGCGCUGCCGAGAUCGCCUACCGCAAUGUUCAGCGCCUCCGCAAUGCCCGCGACGCACCGUCAUCAGCCCUCGUCCACAAAGGCAAGGAUCGCGAUGAAUCCCGUCCCCCAGUCGAAGAAGACGAUGCUGAAAGCAAGGAAAUCCGCCACGAGCUCCUGUCACUAAUCAACCUGCUCGCAUGCGUUGACAAGAGCGAGGCCUACAUCCUAGUCGAGAAUGGUCCUUCAAUCAACGCCCCGAACGCAGAAAGACGCCAGAGCACAACACAUACCGACGAAGACGUCUUCAUGGAGGAUGCCAACGCAUCCACACACAAACGCCACUCCAACACCGUCGCCUUCGCACCUACCCACCACAGAGGCAACAGCAAAUCGUCACCAAUCGACCGGCGCGACAGUCUAGUCUCCUUUGAGGUCCCACCCACAAACCACCUACUCAAGCGUCGCAUCAUCGUCACGCUCGAGCACCUCCGUCGCGAAUUCCAGUCCGAGCUCGACCGCGUUAGUCGCAUUGAGCGUGGUGACUGGGAGUUUGGUCUUCUGGGCGAAGAGGAGGAUGAGGAUUUCGAUAAUGAUGAAACGAUGGUUUUGUAG